GUGCGGCGGCGGCCAUGGCGCCCCGGGCCGUGAUCUUCGGCCUCAGCGGGGUCCUGCUGCGGCCGGGCCUGCAGCACUUCCUCAGCGCCUGCGAGCGGGACUGCCACCUGCCCAGGGGUUUCCUGGCGGCCGCUCUGGAUUCCGGCGGAUCCGAGAGCCUCGAGUCCCGAGCGCUGCGGGGGCAGAUCAGCCUCAGCCAGCUGCAGGAGGAGCUGGAGCGGCGCUGCCGGGCGGCUCCGGGCGCCGCCGUUCCCGAGGGAUUCUCGGCGUCGCGGCCGUUCCGGGAAUUCCGGAGCCGCGCCCGGCUGGAGGCGCCGCUGCUGCGCGCGGCCGCCGCCCUGCGGAGCCACGGGUUCCUGACGGCCGUCCUGGCCAACUCCUGGCUGGACGACACGCCCGGGAGGUCCCGGUGGGCCGAGCUGCUGCAGGAGCUGCGCCGCAGCGUCCACCUGGUGCUGGAGUCCUGCCGGCUCGGCAUCGCCAAGCCCGACCCGCGCGUCUUCUCCUGCGCCCUGGACGCGCUGGGCGUCAGGCCUGAGGAGGUGCUGUUCCUGGGCUGCCGGGAGCGGGACCUGGCCUCGGCGCGGGCGCUGGGAAUGGCGGCGCUGCCGGUGCGGGACACGGGAUCCGCCCUGCGGGACCUGCAGCGGAUCACCGGCGUCCAGCCGCCGGGGCCGGAGCUGCCGGUGGCCGUGGAGCCGCAGGAGGUGGCGCACGGAUACGUCGAGAUCCGGCCGGGCGUGCGUUUCCACUUUGCCGAGCUGGGCCGGGGCCCGGCGCUCGUCCUGUGCCACGGAUUCCCGGAGUCCUGGCUGGCCUGGCGCUUCCAGCUGCCGGCGCUGGCCGGGGCCGGGUUCCGGGCGAUGGCGCUCGACAUGAAAGGGUUCGGAGAGUCCUCGGCACCGCCCGAUGUGUCGGAAUAUUCCCAGGAGCGGAUCUGCCAGGAUUUCAUCACUUUCCUGGAUAAACUGGGGCUGGCUCAGGUCGUUCUGAUUGGCCACGACUGGGGCGGGGCCGUGGCCUGGAACGUGGCGCUCUUCUACCCCGAGCGGCUGCGGGCGGUGGCCUCCCUGAACACGCCGUUCCGGCCGGCCCAGCCCGGCUCCGACCCCCUGGAGCAGCUCCGGAGGAUCCCGAACUUCGACUACCAGCUCUACUUCCAGCAGCCGGGCGUGGCGGAGGCGGAGCUGGAGAAGGACAUCGAGAGGACCCUGAAGAUCCUGAUCCGAUCCCACGAGCCCGAGGAUCGGCUCCCCGUCAACCUCGACCUGCGCCGCGUCCAGGAGAGAGGGGGGCUCCUGGUGGGGCUCCCGGAGGAUCCCCCCGGCAGCCGCCUGCUGCCGCCGCCGGCGCUGGAUUACUACGUCCGGCAGUUCCGCGCGUCCGGCUUCCGGGGUCCCCUGAACUGGUACCGGAACGUGAGGGAGAACUGGAGCUGGGCCCUGCGCGCCCGGCACAGGACGAUCCGGCUGCCGGCGCUGCUGGUGACGGCCGGGAAGGAUCCGGUGCUGCAGCCCCGGCUCAGCCACGGCAUGGAGGCCUGGGUCCCGCAGCUGCAGCGGCGCCACCUGGAGAACUGCGGCCACUGGACCCAGCUGGAGAGGCCGGCGGAGCUGAACCGGAUCCUCCUGGAGUGGCUGCGGGAGCUGCCCCCGGAGCCGCUGCCCCCAAAUUCCCCAAAUUCCAAACUCUGAGCACAACUCCCAAACUUUCGGGAAUUUUCCGGGAAUUUUUGCAGGAGUUUUUCCCCGGGAAUUCCGAGGUUUAUAUGGAAUUUUUCCGGGAAUUUUCCCCAGGAAUUUCAAAUUUUUAAUGG